AUGUCCGGUACAUCUUCAAAUACUCAAGCUACUCCUUCUUCACCAGUGGUUACUCCUUCUUCAGACUUGACAAUAGCCGCUGAACCUCAAGCUAUGGGGGUAGCCCACAAACUUAAUGGAAGCAAUUAUCUCCAAUGGUCUCAAAGUGUAUUAAUGUAUCUGCGUGGGAAGCGUAAGGAGAAGUAUAUCAAUGGAGAAGCAACACAACCUUCACAUAAUGAUCCCAAAUUUGAUACCUGGUUCGCUGAAAAUAAUCAGAUGAUGUCUUGGUUGUGCAAUUCAAUGACUCUCGAAAUCAGUGAAGGAUACCUUCUUGCAAGCACAGCCAAGGAAAUCUGGGAUGCUGCUAAGCGGACCUACUCUACCCUCGAUAACACUGCAACCUUAUUAGAUCUAAAGAGGCAGCUCAAAGAUCUGAAACAAGGCAACUUAACUGUAACUCAAUACUACAGUACGUUGACAAAGAUAUGGCAACAACUGGACCUCUUUGAAGUACAUCCUUGGAAGGAUAUGGAUGAUGCUAAUUACUACAGACAAUUGGUGGAGAGAGGAAGAACAUAUGACUUUCUGUUGGGCCUGAAUGAUGUUUUUGAAGAAGUGAGGGGGAGAAUUAUGGGACUGAAGCCGCUGCCAUCCCUAUUUGAAGUCUUCAGUAUGGUUAAGUUCGAAGAAAGCCGAAGACACCUCACCCAAGGUAGCCUGACCGCAGCAGAGGGCUCGGCAUUGGUGACGAGGGGGUUCCAGACAUCAGAGGGCCCUGAGAAGAAAGGGAACAAGUGGUGCAACCACUGUAACAAGAGAGGCCACACCAGAGAUGAAUGCUGGAAACUACAUGGGAAACCAACUCAAGGGAAACAGAAACAACGGGAAGAUAGAAAGAGCCACCACACCUCCUCUAAGAAAAAGGUGAUGAUGGAGACCAGUUGA